AUGUCUGAGGUGGCGAGCUACCGCAUUUCAGACAACCACGUCACUAAUUCCAGCAACACCAACAUAACCCAUCAUGUGUAUAACGGAGCCGGUGCUGAUGAGCUGCAAGUAUGGCUUUCCUCGAAGGCGCGCAAGGUUCACUCAAGACACAUCUCCCUACCAGAAGUGUUCGUACCCGGAUUCACACGCCACAUAGCACGACAACCGGAUUUCCAAGCAUGUCUGUCACAAAAGGCCGCAAGUUUGAUGCUAAGAGGGAGCAUGGGAGCAGGCAAGACGACCACGAUACGUGGGCUAGUUAGAGAUCUACGAGAAGUCCAGGAAGUGGCCGUCGCUUAUGUUCUGUUCGAUUUCCAUCUACCUACUGGACAUGAGUCACAAAAAGUUCUGAUGCGCUUCGUAGACCAGUUGGCGGACUUGAAGGACGAGGAACAGCGCAGCCAUGUAUUGGACUUGCAUGACAGGUACUCCAAAGAAUGGCCGUCAGCAGACGAAAUAGCAGAGAUGCUCAUUGCUGUCAUCCAACACCUAGCACAUACGCGAUCAAAGGCCAUCUGCAUCUUCUUAGAUGGAUUGGACGAGUUCAUUGAUCAAAGCAAGUUGUCUAAUCUGCUCCGACAUCUGGCCAAGGUUCAAGCGCAAACGAAUUGUGGACUCGUCAUGACUAGUCGUCUCAGAGAGGUGUCCGUCACUUCGAUGUUCGGACAGUGUCCUGAACUGAUCAUUUCAGCGUAUCCUGCCGAUGUCAAAACCUUCGUCCGAGGUUUCGCUCCUGGCAAUACUGUUGCCCGUCUAAAGGCCGAACGUGGUUCUGAAUUCAUUGAAGACAUCGCCAACGUGGUCACCGCAGGAGCUCGUGGUUUGUUCUUGCUGGCAACUCUCAACACUGCGUACAUUAUGAACGCGGACACAGAAGAUGAAUUUCGCGCUGCCCUGAAGCAAGUGUCCCUUGACAGCACAAAUAGCACUGAUCUGGACGAAGCUGCAUUGGAACACAAGGUCCUGCGAAAGGCAUUUGACCGACACAUUGAUCGACUCUUCGUGUCGGAUCGCCACACAGAACAUCGCAGACGACAAGCCCGAGAUGCUCGCGACAUUCUUGCUUUCAUGCGUGAUGCAAUCCGGCCGCUCAAUUUUCAAGAACUACUGCACCUCUUAGCACUCCGCGACCACAGAGGAGAAUUCGGCGCUGGUGCACUUCGGGAUCCUAACGACUUGGCCGCAAUCACUCAAGGGCUGAUGUAUAUCGGGAAGAGUGGCUCGGUUCACUUCAUUCACCCAUGGCUCAAGACUUAUCUGCAGAUUCCGCGUCGUCGAAUAGUCAUGGACUCCAAUGCAAUCAUCACGCAGUCUUGCCUGAGAUAUCUACUUUGGCAUCGUUUCACGCUUGGCCCGUGCGGCGACAACGUCGAACUGGAUAAGCGACUACUUGACUCGCCACUUCUUUCAUAUGCUGCUAAGUCCUGGACCGUACAUUAUGCCGCUGCUAUGGAAACACUAAAUGAAGACUGCGCCCAGUCGCUGCGAGCCAUAGCUCUGGUCUUUCUUCGAUGUGAUGCAUCUGUUAGCACGGCACGGCAGGUCAUGCUGCUUUCGGACCACGCCACAGAGGUUCACAGCGAUUCCUUGGAGAAUGUGGUCGGUGGCAGGACCAAUUCAAGAACCAGUGUGCUGGUGUCUCUUGCAACGGCUGCAGCACGGCCAGGUUCGGUCGACCCGUUUCGGAUUGGAAGAACUACCGGCCUCCAUCUAGCCGCUGCGCUUAGUCUCAACGAUCUUGCGACAAAUCUCACGGCUGAUGCAAAUAAAGAAGUGCUGUCGCAUAGGAAUGGACUUGGUCAAACGCCUCUGCACGAAGCAGUCAUCGCUCGCAAUCGAUUCUUAGUUGAGCUACUCGUACGUCAAGGAGCGAUUCUUGACGCAUGCAACGAUGAGGGACUAUCUCCAUGGCAUAUUGCCGCAGCUCUCGGCAGUGUUGACGUGAUGGAAAUAAUGAUGGGCCAUGCAAACCGUGACUUUAGCAUCAACGGUCGUGUACGGCCGCGAGCUUCCCGGUGGCAUGGGCAGGCUUAUGAGACGACCAGUCUCCAGCCUCAGGCCAUAUCGAUCAAGACUGAGCGGGCUCUAUCCGGAUGUACGGCUUUGCACCUCGCUGCGCGCAAUGGCCAUGUCGACGUAGUAAAGCUCAUCAUGUCGGACGAGCGGGUGGAGACUUCGAUUGAGGACGACGAUGGCAUGACAACAUUUCAUAAGGCAUGCAAGUAUGGCCAUAUCGAUGUCGUGAAGCUCCUCAUUUCCUUCGAUUCAUCGUGGCCUGAACGUCGUUCAAACGUUGACGGCCGUACUGGCCUGCAUCUGGCCUGCAAGUACAAAGCUGGCUUUGAAGUGGCAAAGUGGCUACUCCAGCACCACACAGGCUGCUGUGAUAUUCGCGACAGACAUUCUGAAAGUGCUCUUCACCACGCUGCAGCGGGAGAGGAUUCCAGAAGUGUCCAAUUACUGCUGGACCAUUCCAUGACCGAUGUCCAUGCAUUGAAUGACAGACGAAAAAAUGCACUCGUACUUGCGGCCUUCAACCCAAAUGAAGGGUUCGAUAUGUUCUUGCGUAGUGCGAAGGUAGAUCGAAAAGUGAGGAUCGGGACCAUAUCUGUUGCAGAGUUUGUGGUGGAGCGCAAGAAGGCGCUGCACCGGCAGGCGUUCUCUCAAGCGGGCGCAGGAACUGCACGUCGCCGCAGCGAUGAGGCAUUUGAGCUGAGCAGACUUGCAGACAGGCUAUCAGAGACUGUCCUGCGGCCAUUUACGCCAGAAACGUGGGAUAUGCUCGGCGAUGCAUAA